GAGCAUUAAAAAGGCAGAGAGAGAGAGAGAGAGAGAGAAAGAGAGAGAGAAGGGAAAGAAGCAAAGGAAAGAGAGAAGAAAAGCAACUCGGCAGGACUGCUAAGAGCCCAGCUCAACGAUGGCCAUGGCCCUGAGAGCACAGAAGACAGCAUGCACCUGGGGCAGGCUCUGCCUCCUUCUCUCCCUCUUCCUUCAGCUGCCAGGCUCCCAGGCCAAAUGCUACUUCCAGGCUAAAGGUAAGCAGGGAGGCGAGAUGGGAGGAUGUGGAUGCUGGGAGAAUGUCUUGGCUUUGCCCAGGGCAGCUGGGCUCAGCCCUGAGAAGAGCUACACAGGCUGUGCUGAGCCUGGGAGCACAAUCGUGGGCCAGUGAUAACUGGAAGGAGCAGUCUAUAAACCACAUAACAGCUCCCCAGGGUUCUGGCUGAGAAAUAGCUUGCUGGGCCAUGAAGAGCUCCUGGCAGGAGCCUGGCUGUGGCCAAGAUGCAGGACCAGUAGCACAGGGAGGGGGGCUGCCCUCCUGCCCUCCCAGGAGUGAAGAGAUGCCGAAAUCCAAAGCGACACUGGAUGUGACCUCUUCAAAGAGCCAAGAGUCACCUGACUGUGCCCCAAGUCACCAGGAUGGAUGAGAGCACCUUCCUCUAUGUCUACCUGGGCUUCCCAAACCUGCCCAGAUGGCAGGAGGAGAGGCCACCAACCAUUUCCCAUGUCACAGGGAAGAGGGGAAGCAGUGAUAUCCCUGUUUCCUCUGAGGGCAGAGGGAUGCCAGUGGGGCUCCCAUGCACCCUCACGCUUAUUGCCACUAUUUUCUUUGCAGCUCCCUGUGAGUAUGAGGGGAAGCAGUUCUCCCUUGGUGAGUCGUGGCUGAGCACCAACUGUCUGCUGUGCACCUGCCUGCACCCCAUUGGCGUUGGAUGCUGCGAGACCACCCAGCACCCCAUUGACUUCCCUGACUGGUGUGAAGCCCACUACGACACACAGACCUGCCAGAUCUCGGUGGUGCAGAAGGCCAACCCCAGCCUGCCGUGUGUGAAGAGCAUGGAGCAUGAGUGGGGCUCAGCUGGCACCCCUGAGCCACUGAACAAGGUGCUGGAUGCAGGGCUUAGCAGAUAGAGUGCACGGCCUUGCUGUCAGCCCCACUCCCCAGAGCACACCUCCUGCAUGCUCCAGACCUGCCCCAUCCUGUAGACAUCACUGCAGCCACCUUCCAGGGAAACCACUAUCCAUGCACUAUUGUACUGAGCUAACAUUUACAACCUAGUGCUGCCACAGUACAGCUUUGCUUCUGCCUUCAGCUUCCCAAACUCAGCUGGGGCCCCUUCCCCAACAUGGCAUCGCUCUCAAGAUGAGCUGUGGGCCAGGGCACACAAGCCUCCAGCGGGACCAGCGGGCCCUGAGCUGUGAUUUUUUGGGGGAAUACAGAUCCCAAGGGAUGCCACCAAGGUGCACAGGGAAUUUCCAGCUCCAAAUGGCUACAGGACCAAAUUACACCACAUCCAGCUGCAAGCUAAGUAGCUCCCACCAACACCCCAGUUCCCCUGCCUGCAGCCACUGGCAUCUCAGUGGGAAGCAUAGCGGUCCUGAAGCAUGACGUGCUCUGGCCAGUCCCUUCUCUGCACCUGAGUGCAAGAAGCGUAACCUGCUUCUUGAACCACUAAAGUUCAUGUUCCCACAGCUCCUAUGACUAGAGCUCUGUGUGCCAGCCCUGGGCAACAUUACAAGAGAGCCAGCCCUGGGCAGGCAGAACACUGGGCACGUGGGAAAAAACGCUGUCCUCAGGAGCGUGGCCCCCUGUGCAGGCUGUCCCAUUCCAGCUGCAGGAAGGUGGGUGCCCUGCUGGUGUUCAGAGAGCUGAAGCAACCUGUCUGUGUGAGUGUGGAGCUGGCUGCCCUGACAGCCUGCCCCAGCUGGUGCCAUGCCUGUGCUGUAUGGAGCCUUGUGUAGAUGUUUCUGUUCUUGCAAUAAAGGUAUUA